UUGACAGAUGAUGGCGCUCUGGCUGAUCCGCCCUAUGUCUGCGCGGCUGUGCCCCUCUAUAAGGCCAGCCCUAAUGAGCGCCUGCAGCUCUGUCGCCUUUAUGAUUAUGCCCUGCUUUGGAGGGUGGUGGUCAAGCGGGAACCGGAAGUUUGAGCCGCGGGUCAUCCCCCAAAUCGCUUCGAUGCCGGCGAAUCUUUCUCGAAACUGACCUUCGGGAGUUUCCCUGGAGGAGGAGGAUGCCUUGGAAGCAAAGGUGGUGGUAAGGAUUAUGUGGAACCAGACAACUGUCAAUUGAAAUGAACCACCCUGAAGUGGAGAAAGAGACUCAAGAAGGAUCAGGCUCAGGGAGGCAGGAGGAAAGCCAAAGAGAUUGCCAAGAAAUUCCAGCCCAACAAGAAUAUCACCAAAGAAAAGGAAUAAAGGGGGGAAAGGCCUGUGAAUGGGAAACCAGACAGCUGUAAAGCAAGCCUCAAUACACACUGCAGAGCCCAAAUGGAGGAGCAGCGAAAUACAUUUCUGGAGCAUGGAAAUAGCUUCAGUUGGAGCUCACAGUUGCUCUCCCAUCAGUGUACCGAGGAAGAGGAGAAUGCUGGAGAUGGAGAUGGAUCAAAUAUUGAGAACAGAAAGCAAAUGGACACUUGCAGGGAUGAAUCUGAUGCUUGUCAGAGUGGAGAGUUCCGCCUCAUCCCAAUCAUACGCCUCAUCCGAAUCGUACCGGAAGAAUGGAGUGGAAAGAGACAGAAAACGCAUCCUCUACAGGGAGAGACUGUCAGUAGUAGUUCAAGCCUUAAGACAGAUCCAAGCAUAUGCACAGGGGAGAGAGUGUACAAAUGUUUGGAGUGUGGGAAAAGAUUCACAUCCAUAGAUUCAUUUACUGUGCACCAGAGAACCCACAGAGGGGAGAAACGCUUAAAGUGCCAGGAGUGUGGGAAAAGAUUCAGACAGAGGGCCAACCUUGUGUGGCAUCAAAGAAUGCACACCGGGGAGAAGCCAUUUAAAUGCUUGGAAUGUGGAAAGAGCUUCCAUUUUAAAGCACACCUAAUUUGCCAUAAAAGGGUUCACACAGGAGAGAAACCAUAUACAUGUUCAGAGUGUGGAAAGAAUUUCAGUCAGCUAUCCAACCUAACCACACACCAAAGAACACACUCAAGUGAAAGACCAUAUAAAUGCUUGGAGUGUGGAAAGAGCUUUAAGCAUGGUGCAUGUCUUACUGCCCAUCAAAGAAUUCACACAGGGGAGAAACCAUUUAAAUGCACAGGGUGUGGGAAGAGUUUCACUCAGAGCUCAACCCUUACUUCACAUCAAAGAAUCCAUACAGGGGAGAAGCCACAUGCUUGUGUGGAGUGUGGAAAGAGCUUUUUCACUAAAUCUAGCCUUAAGGAACAUGAAAGGAUUCACACAAGGGAGAAGCCAUUAAAAUGUCGGAAAUGUGGAAAGAGCUUCAGACACCUCUCAGCCUUGACUUCUCAUCAAAGAAUCCACACAGGGGUGAAACCAUUUAAAUGCCAGGAGUGUGGAAAGAGCUUCAGUCGUAGUGACCACCUUCGUACCCACCAAAGAAUACACACAGGAGAGAAACCAUUUAAAUGUACAGAGUGUGGAAAAAGCUUCACAACUAGUUCACACCUUGCUACCCAUAAUAGAAUUCAUACAGGAGAUAAACCAUUUAAAUGUAUGGAGUGUGGGAAGAGCUUCACAAGAGGUACACAGCUUUCUACCCAUCAAAGAAUCCACACAGGAGAGAAGCCAUUUAAAUGCUCAGAGUGUGGGAAGAGAUUCCAUUUUAAAGCACACCUUAUUUGCCAUAAAAUGGUUCACACAGGAGAGAAACCAUAUACAUGCUCAGAGUGUGCAAAGAGUUUCACUCGGAGCUCAAAACUUACUUCACAUCAAAGAAUCCAUACAGGGGAGAAGCCACAUGCCUGUGUGGAGUGUGGAAAGAGCUUUUGUGAUAAAUCUAGCCUUGGGAAACAUGAAAGGAUUCACACAAGGGAGAAGCCAUUAAAAUGUCUGGAGUGUAGAAAGAGCUUCAGUCGUCAUGUCUAUCUUCGUACCCACCAAAGAAUCCACACAGGAGAAAAACCAUUUAAAUGUAUUGAGUGUGGGAAGAGCUUCAGAGGCAGCUCAAUCCUUAUUUCUCAUCAAAGAAUCCACACAGGAGAGAAGCCCUAUAAAUGCUCGGAGUGUGGGAAGAGCUUCGCUCAGUCGUCAACCCUCAAUUCACAUGAAAAAAUCCACAAAGGAGAGAGACUACUUAAAUGUGAGGAAUGUGGGAAAAGCUUCAGGCUUAAAAGACACCUUUCUUCCCAUAUUAUAACCCACACAGGAGAGAAACCAUUUCAAUGCCUGGAGUGUGGUAAGAGCUUCAGUCGGAAAGAUAGCCUUAAAAAACAUCACAGAAUCCAUACAGGAGAGAAACCAUAUAAUUGCCUUGAGUGUGGGAAGAGCUUCAUAAGCAACUCAGCCCUUACUAAUCAUCAGAAAAUCCACAGAGGAGAGAAACCAUAUAAAUGCCAGGAGUGUGGAAAGAGCUUUGGUCGUAGGGAACACCUUACUAAUCAUCAAAGGAUCCAUACAGGGGAGAAGCCAUUUCACUGCCAGGAGUGUGGAAAGAGCUUUAAUCGGAGCUCAGCCCUUACCUCCCAUCAAAGAAUCCACACAGGAGAGAAACCAUAUCAAUGCCUGGAGUGUGGAAAGAGCUUCCAUGACAGCUCAGAUCUUACUAAACAUCUACGAGUGCAUACAGGAGAGAAACCAUUUAAGUGCUUGGAGUGCGGAAAGAGCUUCAGUAGGCGAACGUACCUCAAUGUACAUCAAAAAAUCCACACAGGAGAGAAACUAUAUACAUGCCAGGAGUGUGGGAAGGGUUUCAUACACAAUGCCCAACUUUCCAUCCAUAACAGAAUCCACACAGGGGAGAAACCAUAUCCAUGCCUGAACUGUGGGAAAAACUUCCGCCAAAGCUCAGCCCUUAAAUACCAUGAAAGAAUCCAUACUGGAGAGAAACCCUAUACAUGCUCAGAGUGUGGAAAAAGCUUCAGACACAAUUCUCACCUGUUUAUCCAUCAGAAAACUCACAAAGGUGAGAAACCACAUAAAUGCCAGGUGUGUGGAAAGAGCUUCAGUCGUAGUCACCAUCUUCAUACCCACCAAAAAAUACACACUGGAGAAAAACCAUUUAAAUGUACAGAGUGUGGGAAAAGCUUCAGAGAUAGUCCACAGCUUGCUAUACAUACUAGAAUCCAUACAGGAGAGAAACCAUUUAAAUGUAUGGAGUGUGGAAAGUGCUUCACAAGUAAUGCAAAUUUUACCGCCCAUGGAAGAAUCCACACAGGAGAGAAGCCAUUUAAAUGCCAGGAGUGUGGGAAAAGCUUCACUCAGAAAUCUAACCUUAAUAGACACCAAAGAAGCCACACAGGAGAAAAACCAUUUAAAUGUCAGGAGUGUGGAACGGGUUUUGCUGACAAGAGCAACCUCAUUUCACAUCAAAAAAUCCACAAGUGAGAUGAACUAUGAGGCUUUUCUCAUGACCAGCCUAAACCUGCCUGGGGUGCCCCAAGCAAGGAUAGGUUGGUCGUGAGAUCUUAGGGAUGCCUCCGCUCCCCUCCCACCUAACCCCCCCCCCAAACCCUAGCUUUUAGCCGUGGUUAAGGAUGCUCUUACAUCAUGGAAGAGAUUAAGCAGAAGCCUACAGCUUAAAGGGGAGAAAUGUACUCUCUAUAUGUUCAGAGGGGCUGUGACCUUUGUUGAAGCCUCUUAAUUUCUAGACAGCAGGUAAAGAAAGUGAUAAGACACCAGUAAGGGUCAUUAGAACAUAGCAUUGUUUUAUUAAGAGAAAUAGACAGCUCAGGCCAGAGGAGCAGCUGACACUGUCGGCUCCUGAGGGGCAAGCUCUGGUCUGAGAGAGCUGUUGAGCCGCCCUUCCUCCGAUUCCCAAGGCCCAGUGAAGACCCACAAGUCCUGAGGGAGGGAGGGAGAGAAGGAGGCAGGGUCAUGACUCCCGGAUCUCCACCCCCAGCUCCUUUUAAAGUUACAAACCUAAGAAUUGGGUGCUUGCCCACUAGGCACGUGUAAAACUCAGUCUAUGUUACAUAUGUUACAUAUACUUAAAAGGUGCAUUGAGCACAAGGCUUUCCUCAGAAAGAAAAACGUUUUUUUCUUAGCAAGAUUAAGAGUGGAUUCAGAGCAGAUGGUUUUCCUAAGAUGGACAGAUUAGUUAAAACCUUAACAGCAAGAUGAAUGUUUUCUUUAUUUUAAACUAUAUAGAAGCAGAACAUUGCAUAUUCAAAAUUGUUUGGAUGGAAUAUCAAGAUAAAUUUAUAAUCAACUCGGAGAUGUUUUAAAGAAAUAUUUAUGGAGUUUCAAGAAGGACAAUUUUGUCACGACCCCAACUUGUCGUCUCAUAAGAAACAUCCGUUUGGACUUUUUAUUUACAUUACAAUUGAUUGAUUAAGUGCCAUCAUGUUGGUGUCAACUCUUAGUGACCACAUAGACAGAUUCUCUCUAUUACAAUUAAAAGACCAAAUUUACAAGUAUAGUUUUGAUUAAAGAAGAUAUUUUUAUGUAUGCGAAUUUGUAGAUUUUAAUAGUGCCAAUGAUUAGAGUCUAUGAGUGAGAUUGAUGUUUAAGAACCGAUAAACAUUUUUAUCUUAUUUGGGGUUCUUUUUGUAUUAUCAUCCAUUUCCUUAGGAGGAGCCAGAGAACAGCCUAUUGAUAAGCCAAGACAUUAACUCUUUCCAAUAUGAGGCCUUUGAACCUGAUUGCUGUUUUACAUAUGGUUAUUGAUCUAAUAAUUAUUUUGUUGUUUCAAUAGCUUGUUACUGUAGUCAUUACUCUUUUUAAAUGAGCAUAAUUGUGGAACAGUUAGGAGGCUUUCCGCAGGAGAAUACAGAAAGCAGUGUGGGUUAAGGCCUAUUAUGAAGAAUCCUAUAUAUUAACUAUUUCAGCUGAUGGGAGUAAACAUCUCAACAUCAUCCUAAAGGGAUCUGAUUCAAGCAGGAGAACUGUGAAAUUUAUGAGAUAUUUCUGGUUAGACAAUCCAUAGUUUCGGACUCUGUGUCUAAAGCAGUUGCUCUAAUUGUGUUUUUCACUGACCAUUACUGUUUGGUUUGUGUGGUUUUUUUAAAGAAAGAAGUGAAUUACAAAUUUGCAUUGCGUAAAUAA